UCUUUCCUCUAGCGGCGACAAGGCUGUAUUGCACUGAAGUAAGUUCCGCUUUGUGUGUCUUUACACUGAGAAAACCGGUCUUUUUAAAAGUUUCUUCGUACGCAGGAGGUAACGUUAGCCCGACUGCAACACGACGGGGAGCUAAGCUAGAAACGACAGCUGCACAAUAACAGCAUUUCAUUUGACACUCUUUCACCACCACGUUUUGUCCGGAACAUCUUGAAGCUCAUGUCAGCUGAGCAAGUUGACUUGGGCCAAACCGAGUCAAGCAGCGUUAAAGGUGUGCCCAGUGCUGCUACGCUGACGUGUGGACGGACAGCCGUAAGCUACACGACGUAUGAAGAUGAGCUGUCAAACCGCAAGACAGCUGUAGCCGACUUCCAGAUAACUUCUUUGUGUCACACAGUUCCUCAUCUGUGCUCCGAACCCCCAUGAUGGCAGUGCAAGGUGUUUCCCACCGGAUGCCCGCAUAUGUGGUCAUUCUGCUCUGCUUAGCCGAAGUCCUGCCCGCCGCCUCCGAGUCGGACAGAACUUACUACGAGACUCUCGAUGUUGAGCGAUCAGCAACUGGCAGCCACAUAAAGAAGGUUUUCCGCCAACUGGCCAUCAAAUACCACCCAGAUAAGAACAAGAGCGCCGGUGCCGAGAAGUCUUUCAGAGAGAUUGUUGAAGCCUACACGGUGCUCUCCGACAAGGAGAAGAGGAGGCUGUAUGACUCUGUGGGCCACAAGGCUUUCCUAGAAGACGAGGCCUCUGUUAACCCUGAGGAUGAACAUGACACAAGGCCCUUUGGUUUUGAAGACCUCUUCCAUGACUUCGAAGACAUUCCCUUUGUGGAGGAGCCACUCUUCCACUGGACCUUUCAUCAGGAUGGGGGGGAGGAGGAUGGUCCAUAUCAACAUUACAGUAUAGAAGAGCCUGGCUUAAGCUUUUAUUUGGGGGAUGAAGAAGAAGACCACUACUGCUAGAUGUUUAGCAUCUUUGACCCUGUAUCCUGUGUGUCUGUUUAAGUGUAUUGACUUUGAUGAACACAUCUUUAUAUAAAAUUGUUUUAACAGUA